AUGAAAUUUCGCAAACCCGCUUCAUCCAGCCCGAAAAUGGAACUACUCUCAAGACGUUCCUCGGGCAGCAGGAUAUCGACCUUGAAAAGGUCGAGGUCCUUUCGAGCAUCUAUGAAACUAAUGUCAAAGAUACGCAAUCAUGCCAAUCUGCGACUGGCCGCUGGCUUCGAUCUCUCAUCUGUUUCAAAAGAUCUCAUCGUUAAAAAGGGAUGCAACUUAUCUGUCCUUGAAGAAAUUCAGGACAGUGAGAAGCUCUCAAAUUUACAAAAAGGUACCGAGGACAUGAAUUCUCACAUUAAGGACAAAAUCGAUAACGAGGCGUCUUCGAGUCCUCGGAAGAUUUCAGUAUCAGAUUUUGAUGCUGAUUCGCAAAAAAUUACAAAGGAUCUAAAAAGUAAGCUAUCUUUAACUGACAAACUAAUAGGUAUGGAUCGCAAGAACGUGGAGAGACCCUGUAUGAAGAAUGAAGAUGUAAAAUUACCGAAGCUUAUUCACAUUUUUCGCAGGAGACACAGCAUAGGGAGCUCACAAGAAGAUACUCGAGAGAAAGAUCAUAGUGACAAACAUGCGACCUGCGAAACAAACACAGAUGGACUCAAUAAAUACGUAUUUUAUGAGAAUCCUACAUUCGUGCUCGACAAUUCCUUGGAUUCCUCCGUUUCGAGCUUCCUCUACGAAGUCGAAGAAGGGAAUGAGGUGGAACAAUGGCAAAAACAAGAUGGUAAAAAUGAGGGCGCUACGUCAUCCAAACGCAAUGUCUUGACCGUCGUCGUGGAUUCUCACAAGACCGCAACUAACCGGCCCUUUUAUCGUAAAACGAAUUACGAGCGAGACAAGGACGAGGACGAAGAAUACCUCAAGAAACCAUUACAAAACACAUUUCGUCCCAGAUGCGAGACCGAGUCUUUGAGAUGUUCUUGCGAAGUGAGGAGCGACGACUCGCAUGCGAUAAACGUGAUAAAUGGAAAUCGAAAGACGACGGAAUCCUUGAGUGAAUUUGAUCGCCUAAAGAUUAAAUUUUAUUGCAAGAUGCACGAAACAAAGAGAAAAAACGCAGCGCUCUGUCUGCAGAAUCAGAAAAUUCAUGACGACGCUAAGAUAUAUCCUUCAAAAUCUUGUAAAGUCAAAACGGUAGAUAAUAUCACGAACUUUUGGACAAACAGACGUGGUAAUAGUUUUCGAAAUAAAAUGGCGACUGGUAGGAAAAGAGACAUAAAGGAAACGAAAGAUUACGAGCGAAUCGGUCAGGAGCAAGUUUUCGUGUCGACAUCAUCAGGAUCAAAGUUCCACUCAUUGCAAGGGAUGGAGUUCCUAGAAGGUUUCGGCAAGAAGAAACAACAGCUCCACCAUCUAAAUAAUCUAUCGUCAAUACAUAUUAAUCCUCUCUCAACACAAUCCCUCAACAUACACCUGCAUGCUCUAUUUGCUGCUGUGGAACAUGGUCACUUGGAUAAAGCGAGGACUAUUUUGGAGUCUACCGAUGUGAACAUAAAUAGUGUUAACAGCGACGGCUUGUCUCCGCUGGAUGUUGCUGUUCUUAGCAACAAUAGACUGUUGGCAAAAAUGCUGGUUGCAUUCGGCGCGCAGGAAGGGAAUCAAUUCAAGUCUCCGGAAUCUCUGGGUAAUCACUUGGCGUCAUUACUCUCGGAAGCAGAACACAGAGUUCAAGAACUUGGCGGCAGUACUUCCGACAGCGGCGGAACAAAUCUAUUGGAACCACCUUGCCAUAGAGCCACUUUUUCCACGCAACACAACAACCUCACAGGAUGCAGUGGUAGCACAGAGGAUAAGCAACUUGCCCUGUGGGAAAGGAGAUCUAGAGCCCUUAGAAAAAUGUUGCUAGGUUUCGACCAAGCGCGCCCACCCGACAUACCUUUCUUAGUCGCGAUCGAUGUCACUGGAACGACAUCAGUAACAGUCAGAUUUCAAGAACCAGACUCGCAUGACUCUCCGAUCUGUACUAAAUUUAAAGUUCAAUGGAGCCUGCACGAUGACUUUUCAGUUAUUUGCGGCGAGAGAGAAGUUUUGGAUAUGAAGCAGAAGGAGUGUCGGAUCGAGAAUCUAACUCAAGGUAAAAAAUAUCACUUUCGUGCAGCUGCAGGAAAUUUGAAGGGCUAUAGCAGGUUCAGGAAUUCGACGCCCGCUCACGUUACACCUAGCAGUUGGAGAGACAUAGACGGUAGAAUGCCCAGAUUCGCGGGACGACUAGAACAACUAAACACUCUGUUCACCGACAUAAGGCGGCCGGAAUAUACGCAAGAAACGCCAGCGGUACAGAGGCGAAAUCACAAGAAGAAAACAACGAUAAAGCAACUCUUUACGGCAACGAGUAAAUUCCAGAAGAAUCUCAGACGAGGAGUGUUUCUAGCGUGUCUACUUUAUCACGAGGACAAGGUUCUUGUUACCAACGAAGACUUUUUACCCGUGAUCGAGAUCGACGAGACGUAUCCUAGUUGUAUUUACAAUGACUUUCAUUGGCUCAUGAAGGUUGCCUGUACAUGGGAUGAUGUUAAAUCCCUUCGACAAGAUAUGGAAAAGAGUCACAGUAGUUCGACUAAUCAUUUUAGGAUAAAGUUGCUUCAAGCUGCUGCUCAAAUGCAGGCUGCAUUGUGCAUACAAGAUCUUGGACAAUUAUAUCAUAAGCCCAUUAGAGAUAUUCAAGGCACCUUAGUACUCUCGACAGUAAAUUAUAUAAAUUCGCCAAAAUUGAUUUCUGUAUUAAACAGCAGGUGGUUACCGCUUAGUAAAGUUAUAAAAAAGGUUAUAACGCACGAAGACAGUAAUGUUGCCGAUAUACUAAUGGCCAGCAUACAAGAGCAAAUGACAUAUCACCAAGUCAGCAGUAUUAAAUUAUCUAAAGGUUUAUAUCUUGGUUAUUUGAAAAUGCAAAGCAGCGUAGAUCUCAUACAAGUCGUUGUUCCAACAAAAUCUCCAAACGUAUUGCCACAUUGUAAGAUUCGGGACAAUCCACACGUAUCCGCAGAGGAAUGGGAUUAUCUCAAGAAAGUAACACGUAUCUGCACAUCUGAGACUUCUAUGAAAGAAUCUGAAGAGAAAGAAAAUGUAACGAACGAGGCGCUAAGUACGGAGCAGCAAAAGCUAUUUGUUGAUCUGGUUGCUGCAACAGCGCGACGUCUGUUUAAUUACAUGGAAAUCAGUCCAGAUGAUUUGUUGAUGCAUCGAUUAUACGACGCUGAGGUGAUAGAUUUAACUCAUGACGUCUCGUUCUUAAUCGCUGUACCACCUGCCGAAACAGCCUGUUGUGUACCUGGCACGCGAGAAAUCCUGCUACAACGCGGUGAUCUCUUGUCGUUGCCUAUUCAGGUCUUCGAAAUGGUCCAUUUGAAUACGUAUCAGAAGGACGUGAUCAAUCGUUACUCGAGACUCAGUUGUAUUUUGGAACUGGACACCGCACAGGCUCAACAUAAUCACAGAGAGGCCUUCAGUUCCUUGGAGUUGAGCGUCGCGAAGGACAAACUGGCGAGAUUGCAAGAUCUUCAAUCACAAGUGAACACCGUAUGGAAAGGCGCCAGAUGGCUAAUCGAUGUUAUAACUUUUGCGAGAGAUCGCGGCUCAUCCCAACAAAACAUCGCGACGCAAACCGUGGGCAUAUCUAUGAAGCACCUACUCAGUUUGGAUAGAAAUAAAAACAGCAAUAGUAACAGCUUGAAACGAAGUUUAUUACAACUACCACCUAGAGAUCCUAAACUCGUAAAAUCGAGUCCCGGCCGUGGCAGCUGGCCAGGUCCCAAUCUGUCAAAGUCACCUUCCAACCUUAUGACAGAGUUCAGCAAAAGCGAGCAACAACUGCCCAGUGGACAGUAUAUACGCAAAGGUAGCAACACCUCGAACGCGUCGGUAACUUCGGAGCCGCAGAAAUCGUUGUGUGCACCGAUAAGUAGCAGUAGCAAUCUGACAACCACUAGCAGCGCGAAUCAUCUGAUACCUCUGCAAAACAUGAGAUUACCGCCUUCUAAAUCCGAGGAUACCUUGAUCUUCACCAAAUACAAACACAGUCCGCGAAAUCGUUCCGCUACGAUAACGUCGGCAUCAGCUAACACUAGUCCGUUACUGAGUGUUAAACCCAUCAUCUAUAGCGGUUCGUUGUUAAGUGUUUCCACGGCAAUAACGAAUACUACGAGCCUGCUUAGUGUGAGCAACACAAAUUCCGACAGUCUACACUCACUGAGUAGCGACGAGUACUCCGCGACAAAUUCGGGCGCCUGCUUGAAACCUGGUCACCCAGUCAAGGUCAAAACGUCCAAACCGACCGCGAGCGUCGCGGCGAUGGCUGCCAUUCCGUCGGAUAAUCUAACCGAGGAGAAGGAAGAAGCAAUGAUGCCAGCACCUUUACCAGGAAUUCUUCAGGUUUAUGCGGCCUAUGAGACUGGUUUAGCAGCUGGUACCAGUUUGAAGCUGCACGUAACACCAAGGACUACGGCGCGGGAAGUUGUGGAUCUUGUUGUGAAGCAACUGAAUAUGGCAGUGGUUCUAAAGGGACAAAAGGGACCUACUUACACGACCGAUGAGUUACCAAACUUUUGUCUAGUCGCCGUAAUCGGUGCGCGGGAGCGUUGUUUAAGGGAUGAUUUUAAGCCGCUUCAAUUGCAAAAUCCGUGGAAAAAAGGACGGUUGUACGUUAGACAAAAGCAGGAUGUUCUUGCCGCACUUGAGCACAGUAGUAAACACACCGCGUACUUAUAGCAGAAGUAAAGCGAUAUUUCCAAACGAAUAAUGACCUUAUUUAUCAAAUAAUGUAAAUUUCAGUAUGUCCUACACGUGUAAACGUCCCCAAAUAACGAUAUUUUGCAUAAAGCGUCCUAGUCGUGCAUCUUCAACGGCACUAUAAAUAAAAUAUUUUAGUGAAC